AUGAAGCGCAAAAAGGAAGCACCUAACAGCAGUUCAGAGUUCGGAGAAAGUUCGGUGAAAAGACGCAGAGUGUCACAACAUUCGGCUUUGACACCAUCAAGGCUAUUAUCAGCUGACAAGUGUCUCUUUUGCGACAAAGGCCGGAUAAGGAAGUCAGGAAAAGAGGAGCACCUAGUCAAAUUUGUUACUAAAACAGCCGAAGAAUCAAUAAAGAGGGCCGCAGUGACAAAACAAGAUGAAUUCAUUUUACUCAAGAUUAAGGGUAUUGACCUAGUUGCCAAAGAAGCACACUAUCAUGCUUCAUGCCGGAAAAGCUACACUCGUUCAGAAGAAAGGCAUGAUGUACCUAAAAAGGAAGUACUAGGGGGCCAGACAGAUGUAGAGGCUGCUCACAAGGCUGCAUUUGAGAAUUUAUGUGAACAUGUAAACGCAUCAAUCAUCUCGGGAGGGAACGUGGAGAGAAUGUCGAUGCUUCGAGAACGGUAUCUUAUCUCCAUUUUGAAUAAUAACCCUGACUGCUAUAAUCCCGAUUACAAAACUGAUAAACUUAAAUCAAAAUUAGUGAAGCGAUUUGGAAGCUCAAUUCAGUUCUGGCAACCAAAUUACAAAAGUGAGCUGGUGUAUGCAUCAGAGAUCACCAAAGGCGAAGCGAUUGAAGUUGCGUUUGAGGCAGCAGCCUCUGAAACUAAGAGACUUCAAGGGGCGGCAUCUAUUUUACGAAGGGCCAUUCAGGUUGCGUACGCUGAGGCUGAGGAAAUGCCAUGGCCCCCAUCAGCAGACUUCCUCGUAAGUGAUAAUGUACGGUGA